CUCACUAAAUUCCCUACCCACUCCACCCCGUCCAGUGGCAUUUUCGUCAUCCCGCCUCCGCCCUUAAUCAACUCCACCUCCGCUAAAUCUCCGCCAUUUCCAACUCCGCAACUUUUUUUUUAUCUCCUCCACUGACGUCACCAUGCAGUCAAUCAAGUCUCGCCGGAGAGUAUCUCCGGUAGAUGGCGAUCACUCCUCCGGUGCCGAUAAACAAGACCAGCUCCUCCUCUCCUCCGCCGUCUGCAACGGCGAGGACCUAUCUCCGUUUGUAAGAAAAGCCUUCGCCGCCGGGAAACCUGACUUCCUCCUCCAAAAUCUCAAAGCCUUCACGCGUUCCAAGGAAUCUGAGAUCGAGGAAGUCUGUAAAGCUCACUAUCAAGACUUCAUCCUCGCCGUUGACGACCUCCGUUCACUCCUCUCCGACGUUGACGACCUCAAAUCUUCGCUUUCUCUCUCAAACGCACACCUCCAAUCCGUCGCGCAGCCACUCCUCACUUCUCUUGACGCUUUCAUCGAAACCCGCAACAUCAAUAACAAUCUCCUCCUUUGCUUGAGUUCCGUCAAGAUCUGCGUCGAAAUCGUUGAACUUUGCGCGCGUACCAACUCGCAUCUCAAGAACGAUCAGUUAUACUUGGCGCUGCGAUGUGUUGACCAAAUCGAGCGGAGUUUGCUGAAGAUUGCGCCGUCUUCGACUUUGAAAAAGAUGCUGGAAAAGCAUAUUCCGGCAGUUAGGGUUUACGUUGAGAAGAAAGCGAACAAGGAAUUUGGGGAUUGGCUUGUUGAUAUUCGAGCUGUGAGUCGUAAUUUAGGUCAACUAGCGAUUGGUCAAGCUUCUUCAGCAAGACAGAGAGAGGAGGAGUUGAGGAUGAAGCAGCGGCAAGCAGAGGAACAGUCUAGAUUGAGUGUCAGAGAUUGUGUCUAUGCAUUGGAGGAAGAAGAUGAUGGUUUAGAUCUUACUGGAAUUGAUAGAGAAAAUGGUGGUGGAAAUGUUGGGAAUUUAGGGUUUGAUCUUACACCAUUGUAUAGGGCAUUUCAUAUUCAUCAAUCUUUAGGUGUUGAAGAUCGGUUUAAGCAUUUCUAUUUCGAAACGAGGAAGCUGCAAUUGACUUCGGAUUUUCAGGUAUCUUCAAUGACUCCGUUUUUAGAGUCUCAUCAGACUUUUUUUGCGCAAAUUGCUGGGUUUUUCAUUGUUGAGGAUAGGGUUUUGAGGACCGGUGGGGGGUUGAUUUCGAAAUGGGAGGUUGAGAAUUUGUGGGAAAUGGCGAUUAGUAAGAUGUGUUCUGUGUUAGAAGAUCAGUUUUCGCGGAUGCAGACUGCAAAUCAUUUGUUGCUUAUUAAGGAUUAUGUUAGUUUGCUUGGUGUUUCGUUGAGGAGGUUCGGGUACCCAGUUGAUGCUUUGCUUGAUGUGUUGAGUAAGCAUAGGGAUAAGUAUCAUGAGUUGUUGUUAUCGGAUUGUUGUAAGCAGAUUACCGAUGCAGUUUCUGCUGAUAAGUUUGAGCAAAUGUUGAUGAAGAAAGAGUAUGAGUACUCUAUGAACGUGUUGGCUUUUCAAUUGCAGACUUCGGAUAUAGUACCGGCUUUUCCUUAUGUUGCUCCAUUUUCUACUACUGUGCCUGAUUGUUGUCGAAUUGUGAGGUCGUUUAUUGAGGAUUCUGUGAGUUUUAUGUCAUAUGGUGGGCAGUUGGAUUCUUAUGUUGUGAUUAAGAAGUAUUUGGAUAGACUGUUGAGUGAAGUACUUGAUGAGGCUCUAGUGAAGUUGAUAAGGACUUCAGUGUUCGGUGUUUCACAAGCUAUGCAAGUUGCUGCUAAUAUGGCUGUGUUCGAGCGAGCCUGUGAUUUUUUCUUUAAGCAUGCUGCACAGCUCUCGGGCAUACCUUUGAGAAUGGCAGACAGGGGAAAGAGGCAGUUCCCCUUGAAGAAGUCUCGUGAUGCAGCGGAAGAAAUGCUUGCUGGGAUGAUUAAAGCAAAGAUUGAUGGCUUUAUGUCACUUAUUGAGAACGUCAAUUGGCUGGGUGAUGAGCCUCUCCAGGGUGGUAAUGAGUAUGUAAAUGAGGUUAUAAUAUUCCUGGAGACUCUGGUUUCUACCGCUCAGCAGAUAUUACCCCCGCAAGUUCUUAAGAGGGUUUUGCAGGAUGUUAUGACUCAUAUAUCUGGAAAGAUUUUGAGUACUUUAACAGGAGAUUUAGUGAAGAGGUUUAAUGUGAAUGCAAUCACUGGACUCGAUAUUGAUAUUCAGUUACUAGAGUCAUUUGCGGAAAGUCAGGGAUCUAUUCUCUCUGAAGCUGAUGCAAAUGACCUGAAAUUAGGCCUAGCUGAAAUUAGGCAGUUGAUUAAUUUGCUUUUGAGCAAUAAUCCGGAGAACUUCCUAAACCCUGUUAUUAGGGAGAAGACUUACCAUGCUUUGGACUACCGGAAAGUUGUGACCGUUUCCGAGAAACUAAGGGACCCUUCAGAUAGAAGUUUCUUCGCUACCAGAGGAGCUAAGCCAAAUCCCAAAAGGAAGUCUCUAGAUGCGUUGAUAAAGAGGCUGAGGGAAGUUAGCUGAUUUGACAUAGAACUGUAAGUAGUCAAUUGCCUUAUUUUCCCUCAAACAAAAAAAGUCAAUUGCCUUAUUUUGUGGGGUGGUCUUGGUUCCCAUAUCUUACUAACUAUAUAUGCAAAUUUCGAUAAACAGAGUAUUUCUUGAGGUUGUUUUUGUAAAAUCAUGUUUGAUAUUUUAUCCUGUACGUACAUUUCUACAUUUUGAUGUUGUAUUUCAUUCAUUGAAAAAAUAGUGAGAUUUAUUUCUGAUCCUCAA